AUGAGCGAGAAGGCUCGUCUGAAAUGCACCGUCUAUGUGGGGGGUCUCGACCAGGCGGUUUCCAUGCAGACGCUGGCCGAGGCAUUCGUGCCCUUCGGCGAGGUCGUUGAUAUUACCCUGCCCAAGCCGGACGUCCCCAACUCCAACGACCUCCACCGGGGGUUCGGCUACGUGGAAUUCGACCUGCCGGACGAUGCGAAAGAAGCAAUCGACAACAUGGACGGCAGCGAGCUAUACGGACGGACGAUCAAGGUGGCGCCCGCCAAACCGCAGAAGGACAGCAACGAGGGACUGGGUAGCAAAACCGCUAUCUGGGAGCAGGAGGGCUACCUGGCGAAGUACGCUGUGAGCGACGAGGACAAGAUGGCGUCGGAAGAGGCGCAAAUGGCAGCAACCGAGCGUCCUCAGGACCCGAUGCAGGGUCUGGAAGAGCUGGACGUCGCAGGACCGAAACCGGAAUGA